AUGAGCACUCAACCAGCUAUGCAGAGUAGCCCCUUGCCGGCCGACUCUAAGACACCCUUACCAAAAUAUGAGUACCCGCCUGAGACGAAAACCCAGCUGAAUUAUGCGGACCUAGUUACCCUCGACCUCUCCGAGUUCGAUCUUCCGGGAGGUAAACAGAGGCUAGCAGAGCAAUUGAAGGAAUCUGCACAUAAAAUUGGCUUCUUCUAUGUCACCAACAUCGGCCUCUCCCAGGAACAAAUCGACCGACAGUUCGCAAUCGCCAAAGCAUUCUUUGCUCUCCCGGAAGAAGAGCGACUCAAAUAUCGGGCCCCGCUGGAAGAAGGAAGCUAUAAUGGGUACCGACCCCUUGGUGCGGUCGACAUUAAACCCGGGGUGAAGGACACCCUUGAGUUCUAUAGCAUCUUCAAAUGCAUCGCGGAGACUGAGAGAACGCAACCGAAAAUCAUCCGAGAAUACUGGGAUGAGAUCGAGAAAUUUUCCCGCCAUGUGCAUGAAGAUAUAUCUUUUAAGCUCCUGCAGCUGCUGGCGAUCAUGCUCGAACUGCCCGAAGACCAUUUCCUGGAAUGCCAUCGCUACGAGGACCUCUGUGACAGCUCCAUCCGUUACAUGUACUAUCACGCCCGGUCAAAGGAACAGAACGAGGCUUGUCGUGAUAUUUACUUUAAUGGGCACACCGAUAACGGUAGCAUGACGUUCAUGUUCCAACAGCCGAUAUCUGCGUUACAGGUGCAGCGCAGUCCAGAAUCUGACUGGGAGUAUCUAUACGUACCGGCCGGCACCCUCGCCGUCAAUUUGGCCAAUGCAUUCAACUUUUUAACAAAUGGAUACAUGAAAUCGGGCUUCCAUCGGGUGAUUGCGCCCCCGGAGGACCAAGCGCACAAUGACCGGCUGGCAUUACUUUACUUUUUACGGCCGACGGAAAAGCUGAUUUUGAGAACGCUUGAUACUCCCUUUUUGCAGAGGGAAGGCUAUGGGAAAACAACAACUGAGAAUGAUCUGGAAAUCUCGUGGCAUGAGAACUGGAGAGACAACGUGAGGAGCCGGGGUCUGCGGAAUUACAAUAAGUGA